AUGCCCUCGCUCCGCCUACCGUUCUCCUGCAUGGCCUUGUCCCUCUUGGACGGCCACACGGACACCUCCUCUCCCGCUGCGCUCGCUGCUCACACCCGACGACGACCCUCUCCCGCAUCCUCGACCCUGCCAGAAAGCUUGGCGCCAUACAGCACCCCUCUAGACGACCCGACCACGCCUAGGACGUCCCUACGGCUCUGGGACUUGCACAGCGCCCUCUCCUUCGCCCUGCUCGACGUCCUGGACGUGCCCGCCGCACCCUCUCUUGGGCAGCAGGCUGGGCUUGCCAGCCGCAAGACGACACCGUUUGGAGCCGCAAAUCUCGCGCGCAUCAUGCAUCGCUCGACCCCGCGCCCGCAACGCGCCGCGAGCGGGAAGAACUGGCAAGUACUGGCCUCGUAUUCAACGUCCUGGGAUCGACUGAGAGCACUCACGUCUACAGGGUCCCGCAAGAACGCAAGCGAUCCGCGCAGCUGCUCGCAAACGCGCAUCUGGGCUCACCACGGUCCCAAUCGCCGACGCGCGAUCUGCGCGGCUAACACGGACAGCUGCGACGCUCGACAGCACAGCCAGCACACCUCGUCAGGCAUACAGCCUGCGUACAGACCCGGCUCUCCUCCCGCGCCGAAGACCGCGAACACCCACCACACGUACACACACACAUGUCAGACUAUCCUGCAUGCUCUCCAAGACGUCGCACUUGCCCCCAAGGCUGUUGCAGACCGCUGCUUUACGAUAUUGAUCUAG